UUUUUCAGAUUAAUGCAGAAAAAGAAUACGGAAAAUGACAAAUUUUGUAACGUGUUGUAAAUUCGUACCGAAAGGUAUAUCCAAACAAGAAACUUCAGUUCAUGAUUUUACCAGUGAAGAAUUUUCAAGACUGCUUGGAAAUAUUUAUGCCCAGAGCUGGCUGAAACCGGAACCAGUUCAUGUUACAAUUGACACAAGACCAGAACUGCAGAAGUUUUUGAAGUCGAUCGCCAAAAAUAUUAACACCGCGAAGAUCACGUUCGAAGCCGACGAACGCAAAGAACAAUUAGAGAUUAAGCCGAAAAUCAAGAAAAAACUCGAAAGUGAUUCGGAAGCGGAUAAGACAGAACUUUAUGUGAGGAGUAAAACUCAGAAGUCUAUGCAGUCGAUACUGGUUGUUACUGACUACUCUACUAAACCAAAGAGACAAAAAUUGAGCGAAGAGGGUGAUGCCGAUGAACUCGAAGGUGCUAGAGAAAAAUCGCCCUCGAUAGAAGUUAAAGAAGAGCUAUUGGAAUCAGAAGAAAACGAAACUGCAGAGAACGGUGACUCGAACAGUUGCAAUAAAUUGAGCAAUGAUGAUGUUUCUGAAGGUGCUACAGGUAAGAUAAAUGGUCAUAACGAUGCAGAUGUUUCUACGCUCUCAGUUACUGCUGCUACUAAGAAUGAAGAGAAGGCUGAUAAUGAUGACGUGACUACCAACGAGGUACCUAUUCCUUCUGAAGAGCUACUUGAAGAUAAUUCGGAGCCUCACAUUGGCACCUCGAAAGAACCAUGUGAUGAUGCAAUGCAUGCAAACGUCGGUCAAGAUACGAUCCAAAAAGAAGUUAAAGUUGUUGAUGAUGCGCGUGCUUCAAAGUCGCCGAAAGCGGAGAAAGAAAAGAAGCAUAAGUCCAAAAAACAUAAAAAGGAAAAGAGAAAGGACAAGAAAGAAAAGGAAAAACGAAAAGGCUCUCCUGUUACUAAAGAGUCUGAGAAAGGGAAGUCUAAGACAGGUUCAAAAGACGUAAAAAAUGAAUCUAAGACGGGUUCGAAAGAUGUUAAAAGUGAAACUAAGACGAGCUCGAAAGAGGUUAAAAAAGAACCCAAAUCUGAAAAGGCCAACACUGUUAGGUCCUCUUCAGUUCUGGCAACAUAUGAUCCACUGGACCCAGCCCCCACCCGACAUGCUUUUCCGCUUCCGGCAGGUAUGGACGAGGGGGAGAUAGUGAGUGACCGCUCAGACAAUGAGCAGGAGCAGCAAGUGUCUGCUGAUUUGAGUAGUUUUGUGGAAACGUCUCCUGACCAGUUUGCAAGCAUUGUAUCAUCCAUCAAUAAAUUUUACAGCACUGCGGUUGUAGAACAAGACGAGUUUCUCAAUUUGGACGUGGCCACUGAUCCAAAUUCGGACGAGGAGGAGUUGGAUUUGAACGAGCAGGAUAACUUGCUCAUCACUGGCAAGGUGGAGAGCGAAGGUGACGUGUGUGGGCUUGACAUCUACCUCUACAACAGACAAGAGGAGGAGUUGUUUGUUCACCACGACUACUUCCUGCCCGCCUUCCCCCUCGCCCUGGAGUGGCUGGACUACAACGGACAGGCUCCCUCUAAAAAGGGAAACAUGGUGGCAGUGGGAAGUGUGAAGAGUGAGAUUGAGAUAUGGCCUGUGGACCAGAUCGGACCCAUCCAGCCUCAGUUCAAACUGGGCGCUCCCAGAGGCAUUUUGCAGAAUAACAGAAUAGCGGAAACGCUAAGUGGCCACUCGGCAGCUGUGACUUCUCUGUCCUGGAACAGCAUCAUCCGAAAGGGACUGGCCAGUGGCAGUGUGGACAGCUCAGUCGCAUUCUGGGACCUGGAGAAGGGAGACUGUCUGGCUGUGUUCAAUCAUCACCAGGCAGAAGUCUCAUCUGUCGCAUUCCACCCUGUGGAGCCUUAUCUUUUAGCCACCGGCGGAUUCGACAAGAAAGUUACUCUGUUGGAUCUGAGUACACAAGAAGCUUCCUGUAACUGGACGCUCUCUGCUAAUAUAGAAGCAAUUUUGUGGAGUACUUUAUCUGUCAAUCAGCUCUAUGCGGCACAGUCCAAUGGAAACAUAGCAGCCAUCGACCUCCGAUUCACAGAACAAGUUCUGUUUGAAUACAAAGCACAUGAGAAAGGUGUCACAGCAAUAGUCGAGGACAGAUUCUACCCUGGGUGUCUAGUCUCAGUGAGUGAGGACUCCCAUCUGAAACUAUGGAACCUCACAGAUUACAUCCCCAUCUGUGUCAAGGACAAGAACAUGAAGAUGGGACACCUCUCCUGUGUAGACAGUUGCUACAAGAGUCCAUUCGUAUAUGCUGUGGGUGGACAGAGUUCUGGUAUAAGAGUGGUCGAUUUUAGUAAUAAAGCGAUGUCUCAAUUUGUAGACAACACAGAAGGCUGCGAAGACUGGUGAUUUUGAUCAAGAAUUGGAGGACGAGGAAGAAUCUUUUGAAAUUAGAAUCAAGACUUAAAUAUGACUUAUAUUUGAAACAGUUUUCCUCUGUUUUCGAUGUUGUUUUUUUUUGUUUCAUAUCAAUAACUUAAA